CUUUCCCAUUAUUAUUAUAAUAUUUAUAUUUAUAUUUGUUAUUUAAAAAAAAUGAAAAAGAAAAGGAAAAAACAUGCAGAGAAUGCUUCUUUACGCAAUCUAAAUCGAGAGAGAGAGCGGAAGUCCGUCCUCCAACAUGUUCCCAAAGCCCCACCACCAACCACCGUCCCAUUCUCAUCCCUUUCCUCGCUCCUUCCCCGUCGCCGCAACUCCGCCGCCGCGCGGUUCUCCCUCCGCCGUCGAUGAGGCUUCCGCGGCCGGCCCUUCGCCUCUCACUCACGCCAUGUUCCCCAAAGAAUCGGCAUCCGCCGGCGACGGAGCUUCCAUAGAAGUCGUCCGCCGCCCCCGAGGUCGUCCGCCGGGGUCCAAAAACAAGCCGAAGCCGGCGGCCGUUGUCGUCGCCGGCCGCGACGCUGAGCCGGCGAUGAGUCCUUAUGUACUUGAAGUUCCCGGUGGUAGCGAUAUUGUCGAGGCUGUUGCCCGAUAUUGCCGCCGCCGAAACACAGGGCUUUGUGUUCUCAACGCUUAUGGAAACAUCGCUGACGUCACUCUCCGGCAGCCGCCUUCGUCUCCUGUGGCGACCGUCACUUUCCGUGGACGAUUCGAUAUCCUUUCCGUCUGCGCUACUUUCGUUCCUCAAACGACGUCGUUUCCUAUACCUAACGGAUUCACCAUCACGCUAGCGGGACCACAGGGCCAGAUCUUCGGCGGCUUGGUCGCCGGAUCUUUAAUCAGCGCCGGAACCGUCUAUGUAAUCGCCGCCUCAUUCAACAAUCCGUCGUAUCAGCGGCUGCCAUCGGAGGACGAGGUCAAGAAAUUAACCUUCAGCGACGUGGAAGAAGACCACUCUCCGAUCUCCGGCAACAAAGACAGCGAAAGCACCGCCGCUACCGAAACCUGCGGUCUUCUCCCGAUGUACAGCACUCACUCAUCAUCGGACGUAAUAUGGACGCCGGCCGCCAGACAAGCGGGUCCGCCGCACCACCGCCAGUACUAAUUAGUUCGAUUUCCGUUUCCAAUUCGUUUACCAAAAUCAAUUUGUGAAGUUUUCUUAGGUUUGAAUUAGGGUUUCCUCUUUUGAUUUUUGUUGCGUUAAAUUUCUGAGUAUUUAGGGUUUAGUCCUCGAAGAUUAUAGAAAUUCCGAAAGCGACCCUCGAAAACCCUUUGAAAUUUGAACCGCCUUAAGAAUAUGAUCAACACCAAAAUUUUCUUUUUAUUCA